AUGAUGCUGGAGGAGAUGGCCUCUUUCGGAUUGGCAGGCGCAGUUUUGGGUGCAGUGCAGACAAAUCGAAACGCCCUGGUUACACAAUCAGACCCAACUGGCUGGAUGACUGCGGUGAUAUUGUCCAUCAAGCUCCAGUUCAAGCUCCUCACGCCGGCUCAUACCUGCGAUUACUUUGCGUGCGAGUUGUCCUGCUUGUGGUGUUUCGACCACCCCCUCAUAGCACAGGAGUUGUGUCCAUUCGAUGCAAUCGCUGCCGCGGCCUCUGUCUAG